AUGCCUCACGUUGAUGACCACACCCUCCGGUCUCGGUCACCCCAUCCUCACCAUCAUCAACAACAACAGCAUCAGCAGCAACACCACACUGACCGAGACGAGAGGGCUUCCGCCAGUAGACACCAUUCCUAUUACCAUGACAAGCGGGGACGCGCAGAAGGAGAGCUGAGUCCAUACGUCUCUCGUCACGAGGCUUAUUCUCCUAAUCACUGGCGCUACGACGACCAUCAUUCCAUGGAUUCUACGUCGGGUUCUAGGAACUCUGCCUAUCAAGAUGGUGCAGCCAAUGGGACUGGAAACACACCGCCGCCGUCGCCGCAUAUACCCCCACGAUACGACUACUCGUCGUCGGCCUACCCAGAGAAUCAUCCAUCAUCUUAUUACCCGCCCCCACCAGCCCAUGGUGGCCCACCCGUGCCCCCUUACAGCCGCGGCGGAGGUUAUAGCUAUUACCACCACCACCCCAAUAGUCGACCUCCUCCCAUGAUGCCAAGGGAUAUGCAUUAUCACCCAUAUCAUCCGGAUAUGCCUCCACCGCCGUACCACCAAGGACCGUAUCCCCCUCCUCAUCCUCAUGGUAUGCCACCACCGAGGUUUGAGACUCCACCGCUGACGCCAACGAGUACCACUAGCUAUUAUCAUGAUCAGCAGUACCCCAACUUCUUGCCGCCGUCAGCCAGUAUCACUACGUCUGGUUCCUCGGGAUCUACCAUGUCGCCCAGAGAAGCCGGGGCAGAGGACGACUACUACUACGGGGGCAGUGAAGGACAUCACGGCUCUACACCGGGACCAAAUGAGGUCAACCAAGUGGGACAACACGAUGUUCUUUGUGGAAGAGGAGCUCCCACCAACUAUCACCCUGGCAAUGAAUUCUUUCGGGAUCUAGUCAAGGAGUAUCAGAGUACCUACCUCUCGUCCAAACGUGCGGAUAAACCUUUUGUGGCUAGCCACAUUGUCAACAUUAUCCAAUCUCGAGGCGGACGCUUUCUCAGACGAUACAAACGCAAUGGAGUCUCCUGGGAACGGGGACACUUUGUCUGGGUAGAAGUAGACCCUCAAAAGGCUUAUGAGAAAGCAUGUCAAGCGCUCCGUGAAGGAGCUCCCGAGCUCCGCAAGAAACUGGCCGGAACCGGAAGCAGUACGUUUAGUGAUGCCGAGGACGACGCAACAACCGUGGAUGACAGAAAGCAACCCUCCACACCCAACAGGAAAGAACGAGACUCCUCCGCCAGUACAAGUCAUGCUGACGAGAGGAUACAAGACGCGGGUGAAGCAGAACGCGAUGGCAGCGCGGGCUCUAGCAAGAAGCCUGCAGCAGCCGGGUCCAGUCAAGAUGACCGCAAUGACGAAUUGCAAAGCAGUGAACGAAGCUAA